CAAUGAAUUCCCUUUACAAUCAUGCAUUAAAGCAAAGCAAUGCGCUACAAAGAGACAUUAACAAGUUUGCAUCAGGCCAGGAUGCAUCAGUUGGUUUACAAGGGCAGAUAUCCGUAUCAUUUAGCUCAUUCCAACGUUCAAUUGAUGACUACGAGAACAUUGCCAAACGUGAAAUGGUGGCUGUGAAAAAAGAAACUGCUCUCACGCGAGUUACAAAAUUCAGACAUGAUCUGCGGGAAAUGAAGACUCAAUUUGAAACUAUAAAAAGGCAACAAGAAAACCAACAAAAUGAACAGAAUCGAGAUAGCUUGCUGGCAAGAAGACCGAACAAGACAUCUGCUCCCGAGUACCCUUACCAGCCAAUGUCUCGCCUUGAAGCAGCUACACGAGAUACAUCCUUUAAUGAUUCAACAGAAUCCCAACUGGACGACUUUAUUACACAAGCCCACACAAUUCUAGAGAACUUGACAGAUCAACACAGCAUACUAAAGAAAACACAAAAGAAGUUGUUGGACGCUGCCAAUACCCUUGGUCUAUCUCAAAAUGUGAUCCGGUACAUUGAACGUCGUACAUCGCAGGACAAAUGGAUAUUCUUUGGAGGUGUAGUAAUCACUGUAUUGUUGAUGUGGGCUAUUGCCCACUAUUUUGGAUAAGAGCAAAAUGUAUAUCCUUUUUCUAUUCUAAAAGUGACAAUGACAAUGACAAAAUGGCGAUGAUGAUUAUAGCGAUAGUAAUAAUAAUAGUAAUACCCCAUGUCUAUAUAUACAU